UAUGUUUCUCCCGGAAGUAUUUUCAUGGCGCACUACCAAGGAAGCCAGACUAAUCAUUUCAGCUUUUCUUAAAUAAGUGAAGCAUUUGCCCCGAGGACUUUAAGACCAAUUGUCUGCAUUUUCCCAGUUGAGAGUAAGAUGUCAGAGAACCAUGUGUCAGGAAUGGAGACAUCCGCUAUCUCUGUCCUUAAACGGGCGGUGGAACUGGACCACAGCGGCCGCUUCCAGGAGUCCCUGGUCUGCUACCAGGAGGGGAUCAGUCUUCUGAUGGAUGUGUUGAAAGCAGUGAAAGGUGACAAGAGAGAGCACUACAGAGGGAGGAUAAAGAGCUAUAUGGACAGAGCGGAGCAAAUCAAAACCCAUGUGAACCAGAUGAAGGAAGAUGGGAAGUACCAUGAGCAAAUUAAAAUAUCAGAGGAUGCCACUGGUUACAGUUACGAAGCUCUUUUUAAACCGUACAUCAGCGGUUCACUCUCGGAGGUGUGGGUGGAGGAUCCAUACAUACGACACGUUCACCAGUUGUACAACUUUGUACGUUUCUGCGAGAUGCUGUUAAAGGCGCAGUGCAAAGUGAAGAACAUCCACCUCCUCACUUCUCAGGAUGAAACGGACAGCACACAGCAGAGCAGUGCUUUGACUGAGCUGACAGAGAGUCUCAGUGGUCAUGGAGUGACUCUGGAUCUGCAGUUCUCCUCCACCAUCCAUGACAGGGAGAUCAGGUUCAACAACGGUUGGAUCAUAAAGAUAGGAAGAGGGCUGGACUACUUCAAGAAACCUAAGGGCCGAUUCUCAGUUGGAUACUGUGACUACGACCUCAGGCAGUGCCAUGAGACCACCGUUGAUAUUUUUCACACCAAACACACAAAAACGCAGUGAGAUCCCAGAAGGGAAAAGUCCAUGAGAAAGAAAUAAACGUGUGAUUGUGGCUUUGGAAGAGGAGAACAUGUGAAAAGGAGGAAGAAACCACAGCUGCAGAGAUGAACAAAACCACCAGAGAAACUGGACCAUCGUUUUGGGAAUAUUGCACUGAGAAACAGGUGUGUGGUGUUGUGUUUUUUUAAUGGAGCUCAGCUACAGUGGGAACUACUGAUGUCUGACAUGAGAAUAAGAUUCUCCAACGCUUGAUGGAAAUACAGCAGAGUUUUUUUUUUUUUUUUGGAAGACAAACCCAAAUGUCUCUGCUUGAACCAGCUGGAUUGGAAACAUUUUAUCGGCACAACAAACACAAUGGGGACUUUAUUUUCUGGAAUUAAUAUGUUUUGUGAUUUAAGGUUAAAAUACAGAUCGGCCUUUUUUUAACCUACAAUGACUAAGACUAAAUGUCUCUGUAAAACUGUUCCUAAAUGGUGAGAGACUCCUCAGGCAUGUCUGGGUCAACAUGUUAUUGUACGUCCAAGAUUUACAGUCUUUUAAAUUUUAAAUCUUUUUAGCUUCACUGUGGUACCCAGAUACUAAUAAAUGCACUUUUUAAAUUGUGGGCAAUAUUAA